AUGGCGGAGCAUCUCGCCUUCCUCGAGGAGGAGCUCGUCGGUUUGCCCGACACGCCGCCCGCCUUCAAGCCCUCGCAGUCGCAGCAAGUGGCGGCGCUGUCGCGUCUGUCGUGGAUCUCUGCGGCCAUGGGCCCGGUGGAGACUCGGAAUCUCCUCUUACCGUUUCUCCAGUCGUACCAGCACACGCGACGGGACAGCGACGAGAUUCUCUCGGUUCUCGCUGCGCAGUGGCGCCCAGUCGCCCGCGGGGUUGUCGGCAUCCUCAAGGCGGACGAGAAGGAACGCGCGCGGCGCCUGAACCUCCUCGCGACUCCAGCUGUCGCCGCCGACGCCGGUCGUCGCGACGAGCGCGAGGCGAUCGUCGAGGCGCUGGGGGUGAUUGGAAGCCUGCUCGAGGCGCUCGCGGCGAAGGAGGAAAAGUGCAUUCGCGACGAAGCGGUCACGUCGCUGCUCUACUUGCUCCGCUUCUUCCCCACCUUCCAGGGUCGACGGGCCUUCGCCCAGCGGGUCCUCCUCCCCGCAGCCGCGCGCCUGUCCCACAGCGAGUCCGGACUCUUUUUCUCGCGAUGCAGUGCAGCGAAACUCAUCCCCGCCGUCUACGUCUACGCGCGGCCCGACGCCGAGCGCGCGGAGGCCGGGAAGGAGGAAGAAAAAGACAAGGAUGCGCCCCGCGACGCGCAGGCCGGGAACGCGCGAGAAGGAGGCGGCGCAGGCGACGAUGCGAAACGCGCGGAGGGCGAAGAAGGCGAACGCCGAAACACAGACGACCUCGAUCGCGGCGGUCUCCGAGAGUUGUACGAGAAGCUGCUGACCAACGACGCGCUUCUGGUUCGCCGCGACGCAGCUGCGGAGGUUCCCGCCUUCGUGCGGCACUGGCGGCGAGUCCGAGAGCAGUUGCAGGACGCCAGUCAGGCGGGUCUCUCUGAAGAGGAAACUGAGCUCGAAGCGAAUCCUCAGGGGCUCGGCGACUACUUCUUGCCCACGCUGAAGAAAAUGAGUUCCGACACCAUCGAUUUCCUUCGCGCGGCGUCGAUCGGGGCGUUGAUUCAGUUGGCCCUGCUUUUCCCGGCAGCCCCGUCGGCUCCGCGGGAGUCUCAGUUCAGUGCGUCGUUGAUUCUGCCGCUGUUGCCGUCGGCAGUCUCAGACCCGUCUUGGCGCGUCAGGGCGGUCCUUGUCCGUGCGCUGCCGUCGCUGACGGCGGUUUUCCCCUCGCACUUUGCCUCGCAAUUUUACCCACUCCUGCAACAGCUGCUGCGCGACUCCGCGUUGCGAGACGUGCGGCAGGAGGCGAUCCGUGCAGUCGGCGAAACCGCCAAGGUUUUGCCGGGAGACGAAGUUGCACAGUUUCUCGUCCCGCUCCUGCCGAUGCUCAUCCAGGAGAACUCCAUGACGCCGUGCUCCCCGCUCGGCGGGCCGUCGCCGAGCGCGUCGGGCGCCGUCCCCGUCGUCGCGCCUCCGACCCUCUCCUCGCCGCUGAACUGCAACUCGCCGCUCCUCGCGCCCGUCCUCGAAGUCGCACUUCCCGUCGCCAAGGCCGCGGGACCAGCCGGUGCGCAAGUCGUCCUUGGAAGCCUCGCCCUCCUCGUCUCCAGUCGCGAAGAAGGACACGUCCGAAUGAUGCUGGCACAGCAUGCAGGCGAGUUUUGCAGUCUGGUUGCCGCCAAGCGACCUUCGGCGCCUGAGUGCCCGGAGGCCGUGCGCCUCGUCGAGGGUCUGUGUGCCGCGCUGGGGACGACCGCAGGAGGAGGCGACUGGACCCUGCGCGUCGAAAUCAUCAAACAGGUUGUCCCCAUCGCAAAAGCCUUCGGAAUAGAUUUUUUCACAAAGUACCUUCAGAGCAUCUUUACCGAGGCGUUCAGUGACCACGUGUACGACGUUCGCGAAGCUGCCGUGGACGCUUGCCAGCCGCUGACUGAGGAGUUCGGUUCGCGCUGGGCAGUCGAGGUAUUGCUGCCGCGACUGCGCCACGUGUACUUUGUUGGUGGGUCGGGCAAGGAGUCGAGAAACAACGGCCUCGAAUCGCUCGCCUCUCUUCCGCAGGGGCGUCCGUCUUCGUCCUACCUCGAACGUAUCGCCGUUCUCCACGCAGUCCCCAAACUCGCCAAAGCCUUCUCCGCUUCUGAGACGGAGACGCACCUCCUCCCCUUCCUCCUCGCUGCGCUCAAGGACGACGUCCCAAACGUGAAGUUCACGGGUGCGGAGGUGAUGCGCGUGACGGUGGCGGCGAAGACGCUUCCUCGAACGGCGUACACAACGGAAGAGCUUUUGACGGCUUUGAAUGCGCUGACGAAUGACCCCGACGUCGACGUCCGCUUCUGCUCUCAGCUUGCCCUUGCGGCGACGCGUUCUUGA